CACAAUCUUUUGAGAAAAAGGAUAUGAAUUGGGGCCCGGCCGAAGAGUACAUGUCCGGUUUCGACGACGUAUAUCACGGUACAUACAUCCACGGAUCUCAAGGAGCACAGUGGUAACGCAUGUUCCCUCUCUGUACGAUGCUUUGCUUACUAGAAUAGGCUGUGGCCUCGAUACAAUCCAGGUUUGCGUGUUCAGUGUAACUUCUGUAAAACAGCAAGUGAGGGGCUGAAGUUCCUGUGAUACCUCAGUUUACUGUUGAAGUAUGCCAUUCUCUCACCAUAGCCAUUCUGGCCAGUUCUGUGGUCACGCUAUCGAUACCCUGGAAGAUGUCCUGAAGGCUGCGAUUAGAAAGCAGUUGAAAGUCUACUCCUUCACUGAGCACAUUCCCCGGGAUGAGGCCGACUUCUACCCUGAAGAGAUAGCAGCGUCAGAGACGCGAGCGACUCUUUUCAAGCUCUUCGACGACUACUACCAUGAGGCCUGCAAAUUGCGGGAUAAGUAUAAAUCUCAUAUUACCGUGUUGAUAGGAUUUGAGAUUGACUGGAUCCGCCCAUCCUCCCGAACCAUCAUCGCGGAGCUUCUCCAGUCCUACAGCUUUGACUUCUUCGUCGGCUCCAUUCACCAUGUCCACACCCAUAUUAUCGACGGUUUAGCCUCCAAUUACGAGAAGGCCACCAUUGCCUCUGGCGGGUCAGAGGAGUUACUAUAUCGGGACUACUACGACGCACAGUUCCAGAUGCUCGUUGAACUGAAGCCUACCAUCGUAGGGCAUUUCGAUGUGAUUACACUCCGCAGUAAGGCACGGUCUGCGAACUUACAUACGAAGAAGGAUAUCUGGGAACGUAUCGUCCGGAAUCUUCGGUACAUCCAUGAGUACGGUGGCGCGCUAGAAAUCAAUUCAGCCAGUCUCCGAAAGCAGAUGAAUACACCCUAUCCACACCCUGACAUCUGCAAGGAGUUCCUCCGGAUUGGUGGGCGAUUUGUACUCUCUGAUGACAGCCACGGGGUAAGUCAGGUUGCUUUGGAUUAUCCAAAAGUCCGCCGAUUUCUUGAGGACAACGGGAUCGAGACAAUAUACUAUAUGCAGUUGAAGAAUGGUCGUUCAUAA